AUGGGUCCACCACUCGAUGAGGCUGGGACUGUGCAUGUCUGGGGCGAAAAGAAAACCGUUCAACCCCCCGAUCCACCAGACGAAGAUGAAGCAUUCGGACAGGCGUGGAAUUGCUAUGUCCUUUUCGGUGAUCAAAUCCAACGAUGGCCGUCUCGACUACCGGAAGCGCUCAAUUACACGCCAAAGAGCUUGCCACUACCGCCCAUCAAGAAGUUGGCAACAGGGGGAUGUUACAAUAGCUGUGUCUCUCAUGCGGGACAGCUGUUUAUCUGGGGCUACAGAUCCGAGAAAUGGCCUGAAAUUGCAGAUGCCAAUUUGACGACCGCUGCCGAGUUCAUAGAAGCUGUUAUUAUGACUGAUACUGGUAACCGCCUCCAGAUUGUCGAUGCAGCUGCGGGACGGGCUCAUAUUGUAGCUUUGGCGGCAGAUGGGUCUCUUUAG